GGCUGUGUUGUUAAAACUAGCCACUAGCCAAGAGUUUAUAUGAAGUGGAUACGAGUUCGUAUCAGAUUUCUUAUUAGUAAUUAAUGUUAGAGACUUGAGACACUCAUACACGCCCCCCUUUUCUGACUUCAAGAUGAAAACAUGGACUUUAUGUGGGAUAUUAUUUAUGGAUAUUAUUGUUACACAAGUGUUGGGCGAUCGAAUAAUGAGUGACGCUAAUAAAAACGAACUGCAACUGUAUAAAGAUUUAUUUACUUCUUAUACUAAUGUCAUAAUGCCAUUGAAGAAUGAAACAGGAUCGGUAUCUGUACGUCUUGGAUUAUCAUUGAACAGUAUAAUAGAAAUGGACGAGAUCAGGGAACGAUUGGAUGUAAGUGCCGUGCUGUUGGAGCAAUGGACAGAUGAGAGGCUGAAGUGGGACCCCAGCAGAUAUGGAAAUAUUGAUACUUUAAGAUUACCAGCGUCAGUGGUGUGGAGACCAGAUGUUGUCUUAUACAAUGGGAUGGGAGAUGAGCGUACGUUUAACGACCAAACAGUAGUUGUAUAUAAGGACGGAUUUAUAUUGUGGAUACCAGCUAUGCGCUUGCAAGCCACAUGUGAGGGAAAUUUACUUAGAUUCCCGUUUGAUAAGCAAACGUGUAAAUUUAGGUUUGGAUCAUGGACAUAUCACGGGAAUCAACUUAAUCUUACGUAUGGGGGUGGUAACGCAUUAUCAGCCUUCGAUUUAAGUGAAUUUGUUGAAAGUGGGAAUGAUUGGAAGUUAUUAGAUUAUACGGCUGACUUACUUGUCUUAAAGUACGCUUGUUGUUCCGAGCCAUAUCAUACUAUGGUCUUUACUAUGGUACUUGAGAGGAAGCCAAUAUAUUAUAUACACGUUUAUAUUCUACCUGCUGUUAUCUUGUCUUUACUGAUUCCAUUUCAACUUUUUCUACCACCAGAAUCAAGAGAAAGACUCACACUUGGUUCCAUAUUGAUAAUAUCUAACAUAUUGAUGAUAUUCAAACUUCAGGAGAUUCUACCAACGCAACAUGUGACACUACCAUUACUUGGUAUCUUUUAUAGUUUAAAUCUGAUUUGGUCAUUCCUCUCUUUAAUAGCAACUAUAUGUGUUCUAAAUGUACAUAACAGAGGACCUAGACGAGGCAGGGUGCCCGAUAUCAUUAGAUGGGUUUUCUUACGAAGUCUAAAACGGAUCGUGUGUCUGGGAAAUGACAAUUACUAUCCACUUAGUUCAACUGAUUGUGUGUCAAUGAAAGGUUUAGAGAAUCCAAUGUUGAGCAGCUCGACUGAUGGACAGAAAGCAAAAGAAACUAACAACGGAUCAAAGUUAGAGGCAGAUGUUGAAGAUUUAAACAGACAAUUGCAUGUUUUAACAGCACGUGCUCGUACGAACGAAGUAAAAGAGGAAAUGCUUGGUGAAUGGCGUCAAGUAUCUCUUGUACUGGACCGUGUUCUCUUCUUUCUCUUCAUGCUCACGAUUUUGAUAUAUACAGUUGUUUUACUGGGAUAGGAUUUAUUGUAUAUCGAUAUAUACAGUUGUUCUACUGGGAUAGGAUUUGUUGUAUAUCGAUAUAUACAGUUGUUCUACUGGGAUAGGAUUUCCUGUAUAUUGAUAUAAACAGUUGUUCUACUGGGAUAGGAUUUAUUGUAUAUUGAUAUAUACAUAUAUAUAUAUAUAUAUAUAUAUAUAUAUAUAUCUAUAUAUAUAUACAGCUGUUCUACUGGGAUAGGAUUUAUUGUAUAUUGAUAUAUACAGUUGUUCUACUGGGAUAGGAUUUAUUGUAUUUUAUGUAUAUUAUUAUAUGUUAUAUCAUCUACAAUUAUUACUUCAAAAGCAUCACAAUACUUAACGCACGUUCAACUAUCCAUAUAGAAUGUCAAAUAGUAAGAGCAGAAUAUUCCCGCCACAAGAUUUUAUUAUUUAAUGCGUUCUUCAAUUCAAUGUAAUUUAUGAUAUAAUGAAUGAGAAAUUAUAGUAUGAAACAUAAACAGUAUAAAUGAAAUAUAGUCUAGAUAAGAUACAACUCUUGCAAUCUGAUUAAAUUACAGAUCUAUAUUACGUUUCGUUUUUUUAUACUUUCGAUGGCGUCUACAACUUGAAGAUCUGACCAGUUUUCGUGGGAGGUCGCGUCAGGAGACUUACGAGCGGCUUUUGACCCCGUUAACCAAUCAGCGUUGAUGUUUCUAGUAGGAUACCCACAGUGGUUUUUUUUUAUAAACAACAUUUUUAUUCAGGUUGUCUGAAUGGGAUUGGGGAACAGGCUUAGCCUAUGUAGGUCCCUCUCCCUGCAACAUAUCGUUUCAGUGGCUAAUCUCUUACAUCAUCCAGAACGCGGGUUAUAUAACAACUCUCCUAGAUCCCAGUGUAGUAAAGACAAGUGAAACUAUAAAACGAAACGAAAUAGGAUUUGUGUUUUAAUCAGAUUGGAGCUCUAGAUGAGAAGCGAGACCUUGAUACACAAUUCUAGUUCUUAUUAUAAUGUAUAUACUGGAAUAAAGUGUUGAAAGCAGUA